GUAGGUUGCGGUGUCGGCGGCAGCAUGGCAGCAGUUUACGGAGCGGAGGACACAUAAUAUUUUCACCGGAAAUUGCUACCGGAAACUUUUCCGGUAGCAUAGUGACAUGAUUACCAGAACAGUGACACAAUUAACGGGACAAUGACACACAUAAAUGACAGAAAUAUCUAAUAGUGACAAUUGAUAGUGACAUACAAAAAUCGCAGUGACAUAAAAUUGUUGCAGUGAUAUAAUCUUUUUCCAAAAAUAUGACCUUUUUACUCACAUUUUUGUCUAUAUUUAAAAGUAGUCACAUUUUUGGAAAAUGCCUUCAAUUUAGUAAUAUUUAGGGACAAACCCCAAAAAGAAAUUUCAAGGCUUUAUGGUGCGGAAAAGGCAAAGUUACAAAACUAUUUUGCAAACUUUGAUGGGCGUGUUACUGUAUGUUCUGACAUAUGGGAGGAGGUAUUAUCAUAAUUUACAUUAUUUGGGUCUGACUGUACAUUAUAUUGAUAAUAAUUGGCAUAUGCAUAAACGUGUUCUUGCUUUCCGUGAAUUUAAUGAUCGUCACACCGUUGAACAUAUUUAUAUUUUGAUUGAGCGUAUUUUAAUUGAGUAUAAUUUAAUUGAUAAGGUGGUUUUUAUUGGUUUUGAUAAUGCUACUAAUAAUACUGCUGCUAUUCCUAGAUUGCGUGAAUUGUGUGGUUCUACUUCUUUGAUGAGUAGAUUUUUUCAUCAACGAUGUGCAUGUCAUGUUCUAAAUUUAUGUGUGCAAGAUGGUCUAAAAGCGUUGGGAGCAUUGUUGGAGGUAGUCAAGGGGGGAUUAAAUGUAUUUGGGGUAAUGGACAAUUUAGGAAAAAAUGACAUGAUUAUUUGAUAGAAAGAGAUGAUAAAUAUGUGUCUUUUCCUAAAGAUUCGUUGGAAUAGUACCUAUAAGUUAAUUGGAGUUCUUCUUACAUAUAAACAACAUUUUCCUGCUUUUAUGAAACAAUAUGAUAACUAUAUAAACUCGGCUGAGAUCGACACCUGUGAAAAAAUUUGUAAUGCUUUGAUAUAUUUUAAUAAUGCAACUGAAACUUUUAGUCAUGUUUGUAAACCUACCUCAAAUCAAUUUAUUCAUGAAGCUGUUAAUCUCGCCGGUGCUUUUUCAAAUUUUGACAAUGCUGAUUAUGUGAGUUAUUUUGCUACUUUUAUGAAGGAAAAGUUUUUAAAAUAUUAUUCACAUAUUCCGCAUAUUUAUGGUAUUGCAUUUGUUCUCGAUCCUCGUUUUAGACUUGGUUCUUUAGAAGAAUGUUUGAAUUAUUAUUAUGCUGCUUUUUUUGGUCCAUUGCCAAUGUAUGAAGACAACCCAAUUGAUCUGAAAAAAGAAUACAACGAGGUUAGUGAUAUAUUUUAUUCAUUAUUUAAUGAGUUUCAUGCACAAUAUGACAAUGUGCCCCCUUCCCCGACACAAACAUCAUCUAAAGGAAAAUCAAUUUUCCAAUCUACAUUUGCCAAUCUUAUUAAAAAAACGAAAUCAACCCCCACUACGCAACAAAGCACAAUUAAUGAGAUUUCUUUGUAUUUAACAUAUGAUGUUGGUUUUGAAGAAGAUGAUGAUUUUGACGUACUAAACUGGUGGAAGGGAAAAGAAAGAAUGUUCCCGGUUUUAGCAAAGAUGGCUAAGCAAGUGCUAUCAAUGCCAGUUUCAACGGUUGUCGUGGAACAAGAAUUAAGUUCGGCCGGCAAUGUCCUAACGCAAUGUAGAACUAGGUUGAACGCAGAAUCUCUUGAGAUGCUUAUAUGCUACCACGAUUGGUUCAAAGCGGCCCGUAGACCUCAAGAUUUUGACAUCACCCCAUCCCAACACUUUAUGGAUGAAUCUACAACCGAGGGUGGCUCUACCUAUGCCGGAGAUUCCGAUUGAAUGAUUGAUUAGUAUUUCAUGUUUUAGUUUUACCUUCAAUUCUCAAUUGUAACUUGUAAACUUG